AUGGCGCCGCUGCCAGACCAGUUCUCGUCGCCUGGUUCGGUCAGCUAUGACUCCGACACCAUGGUCGUGGGCGACGGGACGUGGGACUUUACCAAGAACACGUUCCUCCUGCCCAACCUGCAGGGCACCGACUUUGACACCACGCGAUACAAUGGAAUGGGCAACCGCUUCUCCACCCUGCACCAAUACCACACCAUUAUCCUGGCGCACGGCAUCAUGGCCGCCAUGGUCUUUCUCUUCCUGGUGCCCUUCUCGGUCAUGAUUGCGAGGUUCUACUCGAGGGAGCCGGGCUAUGCGAUUCGAUACCACGCGCGGCUGCAAGUCUUUUCCUGCCUGCUGCUGCUGGCGAGCUUUAUCCUGGGCUUCUUCGCCGUCGGACCAAAGCGAUCGCUGUCGAACCCGCACCAUGGAAUUGGCGUUGCCAUCUUCGUCAUGUUCAUGGUGCAGCUUAUUGGGGGUCGGAUAGUCAAUCGAAUCACCAAACUGCGCUCGCUUCGCGUUACGCUCCAUCAGUGGUUGGGAAGAGCCCUGGCGAUCCUCGGAAUCGUCCAGAUACCCCUUGGGCUCACCCUCUACGGGUCGCCCAAGGUACUUUUCAUCCUGUACGCUGUCUGGAUGGCCUUCCUUUUGGUUCUCUACUUCGUUCUCAGCUACCAGGCGCAGGGCCGUCGGGAGCACUACAUGUCGGAGGUGCGCUCCGAAGCGGGCAACACUCGCAUCACCGAGUCCGAGUACUUCUCCGACCAUAGGGAUCAUGAACAUUCCAAGCUUGCAUGGCUGGGCCCCUUGGCUGCUGCGGCAGGCUUGUUUGCCUUGGCCAGAGGACGCAACAGGGACCACCGUGAUGAUCACAGCCGCGUCCGUAGCCAGUCGCCAUCCAUGCGAAGCCGAGGCCCAACCGUCGUCUCCUCACGCCCAAGCUAUUUCUCGUCGGAGAAGUAUUCGGAUCUUCCACCCCAACGGGACGGCGGAGGAGGAGGAGGAGGACUGCUCAAGGUAUUGGGAGGUGCGGCCGCAGCCUUUGGUGCUGGAAAGCUCUUCUCCAACUACAUGAGCCGCCGUGAUCGCCGAGACGAAGAGUACUCGGCUGUGUCUACCGAGACGCCUCACCGCAACCGGUCCGGACGGGCCACGACGAUUAGCGAGUUCAACAGCGAGUAUACCGACGAUGUGUCCACCAUUCCGCCGUCGCGCGCCCCGGCCCCUACUCAGACUGCUUCUGCCUAUGGAGGCCGACGGCCGUCUCCGUCUCGUUCAAACGUCCGCAGCAACCUACCCAGGCGAGACACCUAUGACGAUUCCGAGUAUUCAUCCUACGUUUCUCCCUCGCGGCGCACACAAGAUGCUGGCGGCGGCGGCGGCGGCGGGUUUGCCAAGGGCGUCCUUGCUACCCUGGGAGUUGGAUGGCUUGCGAAGAAGAUUGCCAACAGGCGUGCCCGGAAGGAGGAAGACGAGCGUCUCAGGGAAGAGGAGGAGAUGCGCUCCGGUACGCAGUUCUCUAGCAGGUACAGCAACACCGAAUACUCGUCUCCGGUCAGGAGGGACUCGCGCCGCCCACCACCCCAGAGGCGCAGCACGGUAACGGGAACCGAAUUUUCGGAUACGACGGAAUCGACGUUUGACACCCAGACCGAGCUCUCUGCCAUGCCCGAAAAGGGGAGGCCCCUGAGUGCCGCCGUGAGGGUGCCGCCGAGCACAUCUGCGUUGGUCCCUGGCGAUGCGCCCCCGCCCAGGCGCGGUGAGCGUCUGUCUAUGCCGGCCAUGCCUUCAGAUCCCCGCGGCAUUCUCGCUCAUUCCGACGGCAGCGCUUCUGACUUGACAUCUAUUGUCGACCGGCCCGCAGGACGCAACCCGUCUCGGCGGCAGUUGGACAGCGAACGAGCUGCGGCCGAGGCGGCUGCCCGUGCCAGCAACCUGGCGGCGCAGCAAGAGCGGACGCGGUUUGGCAGCUCGACAGGCGCACCGGGAGGCGGGAAGAGGGGCCACGACGACAAGGACCGAAACCCAGUCCAGCCAGCCCAACCCGGGCCGUCGACUCACCUGGCACCACCGCACGCGCCGCUGCCCACAGCCUCUGUCUCUAGCAUCGGCAGCCACGGCACAUGGAGCGAGAUGACCCAUCGCCCGAGCGGGCCUCCGACGGAAAUCCCCGACGCGCCGCCGGCCUCACGUCCAGGCGCGGCUCCGGCUGUGCCGCCCGUGGUACCGUCCACCGUGCCGCCGUCCACCGUGCCGCCUACGGAGAUCAAGGAGGAUAAGGGCAACGAGUCGGCCGCGGACAACAGGAGAAGGCGGCGGAUGGAGCGACGGCGAGCGAGCAGCAGCCGGCCGGCGGGGACGGACAUGUACACGACGGACACGUAUACAACGGACACGUAUGACGAUACGGAGAGGGGAUUCUGA